AUGGGCUCCGGCUCGAGCCGCCCCUCGGAGGGAUCGCCGCCAGAGGCAAUGGCCGGCCUCGAGGGAGUGAAUGUCAAGCGCGUGGCCUCCACUGCGUUUCACGGCCUGGCGGUGAGCAACCUGGGCGUGGUGUACUCGUUUGGCGAUGGCAAGAGCGGCAGGCUCGGGCACGGCGACGAGGAGGGUCUAAUGGUGCCCCAGCCUGUCGCAGCGCUGCAGGGCGAGCGGGUGAGCGCCAUCGCUGCCGGAGGUGAACAUUCUCUCGUCGUCACCACGCACGGCCAGGUCUUCUCCUUCGGUUCAGGCAGCUUUGGCCAGCUUGGGCACGGCGACCUCCAGCAGCAGCUCGCCAGACUCGGUUCGCCAGACUCGACUUGGGGUGGGGGCUAG